UGCGCAUACUAAUGGCGGAAUCUUUAAGUGAAAAUAAAAUUUGAAACUGAAAGACUGUGGCACGGAAAAAUGGAGAAUAAAAGUGAAAAUGAUCACAGUCAUGGACAUAGCAGGAAAAGAGAUGGCAGAAGAUCUUCAGGGAUAUUGAAGAUGAAAAGACCUUGUUUAGCUGAAAUCCCAACAGAUCAAGUUAUAGAACAAGUGCCGAAAGAGGAAACAGUAGAUUGUAAAAGAUUAUCAAGAAGAGUGAGUUUUGCAGAAAGAUGUAUUGUCAAAGAAUUUCCCAAAGAUUCUCCAAGAAUAUGGGACCAAAGCCCAGAUGGAAAUUCAAAUAAAGAUGAUUCAGAUGAAACUUUGACUGAGGACAUAUCUGGCAAUAUAUCAGGGUUAGAUUCAUUAUUAAAUGGUGAAAUACAAAGUAAAGAAAAUAAAAAGAAUGAUAAGAGUAUAUUAAACAGUACUAGACUAGAUAUGGUUGAUAUGGAAAUGACAUCUUGUUAUGAGGGAGAUGUAUCAAUACAUCAAACAUCAAUGGUUGCUCAAAAACUGUCUCCAACUGCCUCAGCUUUAUCUUUUAUCACUACAUUAAAUCCAACUCCCACUGAACUAGUUCAGGAUGAAAAACCCCGUGUAAAAUCAACAGGUCCAGUUUUAAAUUUUGAAACAGAUGCUGACAAUGGAGAAUUUACAAUGGAUUUAACCAGUUGUUUGGAUUAUACGAAAUCUCUGUGUGAUAGGGAGAAUAUUAUGGAAACAACAGAAGUUGUGACAGCAACUACAAUGACCAAACGGCAAAGCUUAGGUGAUAUCACAAGAAGAUUUUCGUCUGGACCCAUGGCUGAAAUGGAACUGACCGCUUGUGUUGCCUCUGAUCAAACAGUAGCUGAAAUAGAGGAGAAUUCUGCAGCUGAGCAGGCUGAUCUGGAGCUCCAACAGAGUAUUUAUCAGAAAGGUACCAGUCCUGUUAAAGCUCAGAAAACACCAAUUGGCAUAUCAAAGGAAAAAUUUCACUUUGAUGACAAAGAAAAUGUUGGGAGUCGUCCUAACUUUGACUUUUCUUUACAUCAGAACUUUGAUGAUGAUGAUGAUGACAAAGAUAUGGACAUUACUUUCAAGGACACAACUCAGCAGUUGUUGGGAGCUAAUAUUGAGAACAUGGUUGUUCAAACCAAAACUCCAAAAUCUGAAAAAGACACAAAAGAUUCAGAGAGAGAAAAUAUCAUCCAACUUCAUCCUCAGACUUCCCUCAGCAGCAUUCAGCCUCAGACUUCUCAAGCCAAGAGAAGGUCAACCAGUUUGAGUGCUGAGGAAUCAAAAGAAAAUGAUGCUGAUCUCUCAAAAAGUCAAUCCUCAGUAGCUGACAAAGGAAUUGUUUCCAGAUGUCCUCAGUUUGACUUUUCCUUACAUCAGGGUUUGGAUGAUGAGCUUGAAUUCUCUUUCAAAGAUUCAACUCAACAAUUAUUAGGAGCAAAUGUCAGGACUUCCAUUGACAUGAAAGAGCAACUACCUCCAAAGGAAGAGAUUAAUGGGCAAGUUCCUCAGAAAGAAGCUACAAUUAUAGAAAAAAAUCAUCAGAAGGAAGCUACCACGGAGAAAAUUUCACAGAAAGAAGCUACAAUAGAGAACAUUCCUCAGAAGGAAGCUACCAUAGAGAUGAAUCCUCCUAAGAAAGAAGCUACAAUGGAGAAAAUUCCUCAGAAGCAGCAAGUUCUUAAGAAAGAAGGGAAGGUGGAGACUUCAAAAUUGAAGUCCAACAGGCUACCAAGUCUUUCAAAAGAAAAAGAGGCCGACAUUAGUGGCAUUGAUUUCUUGGAACAAAGUCAAAGCCCUAGUAUCGAUUCAGGAGAAAUUUUCAAACAAAAUGAAAACAAAACAGAGAUUAAUAAACCUGCACCAAAUGUUACCUUUUCAUCAAGGAAAACAUCCUCAUCUAAAGCUCCAGGUGCUUAUUUAAGUGGUAUGGAUCUGCUCGAUGACUCACUAAGUCUGAGCAAAGUUUUGGGCACUCAUGAUUCAGUCCUUGAAAAAUCUCAAACAAGCAAAUUGAAUGAAGUUCGACAACCUUAUUCACCAAAUCGUUCAGAAAACGCAGAUUUGAAAAGAAGACUUCACAACUUAGACUUGACUCAAGUAGAAGUUGACACCAGAAUGAAACUACAUCGAAAAGACUCAGAAAAAGAGGCUCCUGUUGUUGCUCAAAAUGAAAAAGAAUUGCAAGGACCCGUUUUGAAUUUUUUGAAUACCAGUUCUGCAACAGACCAAUCCAUUCUGAGUCAGUCAUUUAUGUCUUCCAUAAAAAAUAAAACUGUUGAUGAAACCACGCUGAACGAAUUGCCAUCAGUGCAAAACAUGAAGAUUCCUUCUUUAACUGUUCUGGAUAAAUCUCUCUCCAAAGAUGUGAAAGAUUCAGAGCAAGAAAAAUCCUUACAAAAUAGAGGUUGUGCUGAUCUUGCUAAGGUGAACCAGACACUACCAAAUAAGGAAGUAUCUAUGUCACAUGAUAGUUCACCUUCUGCUUCUGUAGAGCAGACUGUCUCACUAAAUGACAACAGAGGAGAUAAAUCAAUGGCCAUUGAAGACAAAUCACAGAUUGGAGCUUCCUUGAUGUUUAAAGAAAAUGAUUUGAAUAUUAGUGAUGAACCAAUGCCCUGUGAAAUGACAAAGAAUGAGAUACCAACUACUACCUUUACCUUACCAGAUAUUGGUAAUAAAUCUUGUACUGAUCAGAAUAUUACUACUGGUACCAACAGCUCAAAUAAUAGCUCCAGGACUAACUCAUCAAUAUUCAAUACCACCAAUACCUCAACUAAGCCCAAUGAACCCUGGACAUAUGACAUGUUUUGUGAAAAGAUGUCUAUAUAUACAGUAGAUAAAGGUUCUACUAGACGAGCUAGUAUAGUAUUGAAAGAGAAAGUUGAUAUGGAAAGUUUCCAGGAGGUAUUAGAGGCCAGAUUAACAAUGGUACCUCAAUGUCAACUAUUAGAUUCUACCAUUAAAACUAUAGAGGAACAACAGAGCAAAGAAACUGAUAUUGUUGAUAGAUAUAAAGAAGAAGUUGAUACAAAUGAACCUGAUCUAUUUAAAACUGUUAGAGAAGGUUUAGAGACAAGUGAUAUACGAAAAGAAGUUUUAAGAAUGACAAGAGCUUGUAAGCAGUUAGCCAAACAACAAUGGAAGAAUUUAAAGAUUCAGACCACAAAGAUUUAUCAUGAGCAAAUAAAGAAAGAAAGUGUAGAAUUAGAAAAUGGGGUGAAGGUCAUUUUAGAUCAUGCUGCUGAUAUCACCCAACAAUGUCUACAUCUUGAUAAAGCUUGUACAGAUAUAGAUGAAGCAAUUGAAAGAUUACAAAAUACAACACAAGCUGUAGAAGAAAAUAACAGUCAAAAUAAACAAGACCUAGAUCAGUUACAAUCAGCUUUAGAAGAAAAAAAUAAAUAUUUGAAAGAUAUGGAAAUAGCUGUGGUAGAGAGAGAAAAAGAACUACAAGAAAUAGAAGCUAAAAGUAUCAAAUUAGAGAACACUAGACAUCAACAACCAGAUAUUACUAUUGAUGUAUCAUCUAAAGAAUCAGAACUUAAAGAACUAAAGAAAAAAUUAGAAUACUUCAAAUUAAUACAUGAAUGGAGUGUUGAUUUUGACAGUAUAACAGAAAAUGGUGGAACAUUUUUAUUUUUAAAUAAAACUAUAUCAUUAAAUGUACAUUAUAAAAUAUUUGAAAAUAAUCAACACCAAAUACGAGGGGUUCAACUAGAAUCUAGAUUGUCAGAAGAUCAUGAACCUUGGUUUAAUUUAGGUCAUUGUUUAGCAAUGGAGCAACUUAAUUCUUUACACCUUAAUACCAAAUAUUUAGGGCAGAACAGCUUAAGUAAGUUAUUACAAGAAGUAUCUCAAGUAAUCUAUAAAAUAAGAAGAUUAAUAAAAGAUCUUGAUAAUCUGGACUAUAGACAUCAUAUUACUAUUCAAAAUAAUAUAGUAAGAUUUAAUGUUUUAAAUGUUGAGACAGUAAAGAAAGUGAAAGUUUUUGUAACAUUUGAUAGUAAAGAUAUCUUGUUACCUACUAUAGAUAUUAAACCUAUGGUUGGAAACAUCAAUCUAGAUAGUUUGAAAGAAGAUCUAAAGACAUGUAAAGGACAGGACUUCUUAAAGAAGCUACUCUCAAUUGUUGAACCUUUUCUAACUCAUUGA